GAUGUCAGGAGUCUGCCCCUUUUCACUUGGCCAGAGGGUCAAAGAGGAGAGGAACUGUGGAACUCCCUGCCCUUUGACCUUGGGCCAGUCACUGGCUCUCAGCCUCAGAGGGAGGCAAUGGGUUGACUGAGGCACCUUCGGCCCUCCAGAGGUUCUUGGGCUCCGAUUCCCCUCAACACAGUGGAGCGUAUUGAGAUGGUGGUAUAGAAAUACUUCUGGGAAAAAACAAUUGAGAGGAGUUUUGGCCUGGGGGGAAAGACGGGGAAAGGAAAACACACAAACCAACCCAGACGUGCUUCCCUGCCGGCUCCCUUCUUCGGGAGAGGGGGAAAGAGGCUCCUGAGCAAUGCGCGCUUCUUGGAGAGAGGAGGAGAACGGUGUUUGGCCGCGGAAGGGUUAAAGAAAGUGAACCGAAUUCCUAGAGAGGAAUGGGAUGAGGGGGGGUCGGCCCGAGCCGCUUCCUGCCCCGCCUUCUCCGCUGGACUCUUUCGCGAAGGGCUCCAUUGGAUGCAUUCUCUCCUGGGACCCGGUGAGCGCUCCGAGGUGCUGUGGGGUGCAAGGACUGGAUAGUACCUCCGACAAGGACAACAUUUAGUAGAAGAAGUGGAGUCUCUUGGGCCCAGUUAGAGGCUUCCUUCGACCAUAGAAAUCAAAGAUGGACUCAGCUGGCUGUGAAGCAGGAAGAGGUCCAUAUAUCAUCCAGACUGGGAGCCCUGGGGAAUUCUGGGAAAGAACAGCGCAGAAGUUCCUGGGUAAGGAGGACACCCUCAGCUCAGAUGUUCAGUGCCAGCGUUUCAGGCAGUUCUGCUACCAGGAGGGCAAAGGGCCCCGAGAGGUUUGUAGCCGACUCCACACUCUCUGUCAUGAGUGGCUGAAGCCAGAGCAACACACGAAGAAUGAGAUCCUGGACUUGGUGAUCCUGGAGCAGUUCCUGGCUGUCCUUCCACCGGAGAUGGAGAGCUGGGUGAGGGAAUGUGGAGCGGAGACCACUUCCCAGGCGGUGGCCCUGGCCGAAGGUUUCCUCCUGAGCCGAGCAGAAGACAAGAAACAGGCCAAGCAGCAGGUAAAAGAUCUGUUUGCAGAAAUGGACUUGGAGUCACAGGAGGCUCUGUCGGGCAUUCAAGAGAUUUACAUGCAUGCCAUCUCACUCAAUGGUGAAAUGAGGCCAGCAAGACCUCCUCAGCCGUCUCUUCCUUAUGGUGGGAAGGAAGCAGCUACUGUGGAAGCGGAUCAGGGUCCCAUCUCCUUUGAGGAGAUUGCUAUGGAUUUCACCGAAGAGGAGUGGGCUUUGCUGGAUCCUGACCAGAGGGCGCUGCACAGGGAAGUCAUGGAGGAGAGCUGUCGGAUUGUCACCUCUCUCGGUCAUGAAUGGGAAACUGAGAAUAUGGGAAAACUAAAUGGGGCAUUCCCAAUAACAGCCACAUGUAUAGACAGGGAGCAGCAGAGGAGGAGAGCUGGAGAAGAGACAUGGAGUAAUAAAUCCCCUACUUCUCAGGGCCGUGACUGCGAUCAAGUCCAAGUCCAUGAAAAGCUACAAAGAGGAAAACUAACAGAUACAUGUUGUGUGCGUCAGAAUAGUUUCUAUUCUAAGUCAACGUUUAAAGGUCAUUACAAAAUCCACACAGGAAAGAAAAAAUACAAAUGCUUGGAGUGUGGAAAGAGCUUUUGUCAAAAUUAUUUACUUACAACGCAUCAAAGGAUCCAUACUGGGGAGAAACCAUAUAAAUGCUUGGCUUGCGAAAAGAGCUUUCGUUACAAUUCUGACCUUAUUUGUCAUCAAAGGAUCCAUACAGGGGAGAAACCAUAUAAAUGUUUGGACUGUGGAAAAAGCUUCUCUCAGAAGACGAAUCUCACUACUCAUUCAAGAAUUCACACAGGAGAAAAACCAUACAAAUGCUUUCAGUGUGGAAACAGCUUUUCUCAAAGUUCUUCCUUUAUUAUCCACCAAAGGAUCCAUACAGGGGAGAAACCAUAUAAAUGCUUUCAGUGUGGAAAGAGCUUCUGUCUUAAGUCAUAUCUCACUGCUCAUCAAAGAAUUCACAGAGGAGAUAAACCAUUUAAAUGCUUGGAGUGUGGAAAGAGCUUCACACAGAAGAUAGGUCUCACUUUGCAUCAAAGAACUCACACAGGGGAGAAACCAUAUAAGUGCUCUGAAUGUGAAAAGAGCUUCAGUCUUAAGUCACAUCUCACUUUGCAUCGAAGUAUUCACACAGGGGAAUACCCAUAUAAAUGUUUUGAAUGUGGAAAGAGUUUCAGUAGUAAGUCAUACCUCACUUUUCAUCAAAGAAUUCACACAGGGGAGAAACCAUUUAAAUGCUUGGCAUGUGAAAAGUGCUUCAGUAAUAAGUUAUAUCUCACCUCUCAUCAAAGAAUUCACACAGAGGUGAAACCAUUUAAAUGCUUGAAGUGUGGAAAGAGCUUCAGGUACAAGACAGGUCUCACUUCGCAUGAAAGUUUUCACACAGGGGAGAAACCCUACAAAUGCUUGGAGUGUGGAAAGAGCUUCACACGGAAGACUCAUCUCACUUCUCAUCAAAGAAUUCAUACAGGGGAGAAACCAUACGAAUGCUUGGAGUGUCGAAAGAGCUUCACACAGAAGAUAAGUCUCACUUUGCAUCAAAGAAUUCAUACAGGGGAGAAACCAUAUAAGUGCUUUGAAUGUGAAAAGAGCUUCAGUCUUAAGUCACAUCUCACUUUGCAUCAAAGUAUUCACACAGGGGAAAACCCAUAUAAAUGCUUUGAAUGUGGAAAGAGUUUCAGGAGAAAGUCAUACCUCACUUCUCAUCAAAGAAUUCACACAGGGGAGAAACCAUUUAAAUGCUUGGCAUGUGAAAAAUGCUUCAGUAAUAAGUUAUAUCUCACUUCGCAUCAAAGAAUUCACAUAGAGGAGAAACCAUUUAAAUGCUUGGAGUGUGGAAAAAGCUUCAGACAUAAGACAGGUCUCACCUGGCAUCAAAGUAUUCACACAGGGGAGAAGCCAUACAAAUGCUUGGAGUGUGGAAAAAGCUUCACACGGAAGACACAUCUCACUUCUCAUCAAAGAAUUCAUACAGGGGAGAAACCCUACAAAUGUUUGGAGUGUGGAAAAAGCUUCACACGGAAGACACAUCUCACUUCUCAUCAAAGAAUUCAUACGGGGGAGAGACCCUAUAAAUGCUUGGAGUGUGGAAGGAGCUUCACGCAGAAACAUUGUCUCACUACUCAUCAAAGAAUUCACACAAGGGGGAAACUAUUUAAAUGUCUGGAAUAUGAAAAGAUCUUCAUGCAGUAGAAUAGUCUCACUUAGCAUCAAAGACUUUAUCCAGGGAAGAAACCACACAAAUGCAUGGAGUAUUGAAUUCACAGGGGAGAAUCUGCAUAAAUGCUUGGAGUGAAAAGACACACCAAGCUUCUCAUCAAAAGAACUCACACAGGAAGGAAACUAUAGAAGGGGUUUGAAUAUGGAAUCCAAUUUUCUCACAAUUUAACUUCCAUUUUAAUUUGGAGCUGGGCUGGCAAGAGAUGUAGCCUGGUGGAUGGAACAUGGCUUGUGCGGGGUCAGAGAGCCAGAUGGUCAAGCCUAGAGGGCCACAUUAAUCUUGCAAACCUGAGAUUCCCCACCUCUGCUAUAGACAGAGGAAAUGAAGCCACUCCCCCACACACACUCUCCCAGACAGCCCACACUCAGACACACACACACUCUGCUUUUCUAUGGUGUUUGGCUAAAAGUUUAAUCCAGUAGAAUUAAAAUGGGUCCUGCUGUAUUUGGAAGAUUUUUACUUGACAUCCAGGGAAGAACCCAUCAUAUUAAAACUGGCACCGAUAUCUCUGGAUUGAUAUUGUUGUGCCAUGGUGAUGCUGGCAAUCACUGGAUUGGUGAUUUUUACUGUACAGUCAUUAAACAUCUAAGCAUGUUUCACUUGAUGAUUUGGGAGGUGAGAGGGUAUCUUUGCUUAAAAAUCAUGCAAAUCCAUCAUGUUUCUAUUUUUUUUUAAAAAAAAUCCUUGAUCUUUUACCUCUUUGCCACUUUGUGACUGGCCAGAUUCCUGCAGAAAGUUCAGGAUUGGCUACACCCUCCCCAGGCUCUUUCUCUAAAUUCCCAGUCCGCUCACAGGGCCCAAGAGGCUGGAGACCCCUGCCAUAGAUACUGGACCCCCAGCUGGCAAAAAGGAAUAGGAAUCUUCAGAUCCUUUGCCUAACAUAGCAGAUGUGCUCCAAUUCGCUUCUCUGCCUUAGCAGAAACUUACUUAGUUCCUAUCGGAUGAGCUCCACCAGGGUCCUUCCUCAAGUGCCACCUUGCAGUAGCAGUGAAAUAAGGCUGCAGAGCCUCUCCAUCUGCCCUCCUGUCCCCAACGGGGCCUGUACCACACUCAGCUGAGACACAACUACUACCGUCACCACUGACAAUGCCACCUCCUCCCACUCUAUGGCUGCUACUUAUGUGACUGCCACCAGUUCCUCUACAUUAUGAGAACCCAUCUCUCUCACUGCUGCCCCAAACCAACUCCUGCAGUAGCCUUUGACAUCACCAUAGAGACCAUGACUGAUGGUGAGAGAUCGACCAAGUUCUGGUGCUGGACCAACUCAUGGGUGGUAGCUGGUUUUUCUCUCCUCCUCCUCUCCACCCUGCUUGUCCUGGGGUUAGGCCUCUGUAUGACUUGGGAACUUUGCAGUCUCAGCCACCCUCUUUUCAAUCCCUUUUAGGGUCUGCUUCCCCAGUGCAUUCCCCUGCUGGAGACAGGCACAUACAGCCAAAUUUUAAAAUCUCUGAAAAUAUUGUUGCCCAAUAUGACCUCACGGUGAUCCAAGAUAACAAUCAAACUGUUCCAAAAAAAUAUUUUCAGAGGUACCCAAAGUGAUGCAGUUUGGAAUGGUUUGAUCUCCCAUCAUGGUUCAAAAUGUCCAAAUGUAGGCCAAAAUGUCCAUAGUUCACAACUAUGUCCAAAACCUGCUCCUUGCUCUCAGGAGACAUCAUGCCAAAUUGGGCUACAGUGUCUUCAGAAGCAUCCAAAUUGAAGCAGUUUGAAACCAUCACAGUAAACUGGGUGACGAUAUCUUCAAAGUUGCCCAAAUCAGUGCAGUUUGGAAUCGUUCAGUUUGACAUCUUGAUUCAAAAUGGUGUCUUGACAUCAUCCAAAGACCAAAUCUCAAGAACUGUUGUGCCACAUUAGGCAACGAUAUCUGGAGAGGUUUAAAUCAGCAGUUUGGAAAAGUUUGGUCUAUCAUCUUGAUUCAAAAUUAUAUCUGGUGGCAUCCAAACCCAACUCCUCUGGCUCAGGAACCAUCAGACUGCUUUUGACAAGGAUAUGUUCAGAGGCUUCUGAAUCAGUUUGGAAUGGUCCCAUCUGCCAUUCUGAAUCAAAAUGGUGUCUGAUGGCAUCUGAAUGUAGACAAAAUCUGCUCCUUGCUCUCGGGAACCAUUACGCCAGAUUGGGCAACAAUAUCUUCAGAGGUGUCCAAACUGGUGCAGUUUGGAACAUAGUGGUGUGCCAUUUUGAUUCAAAAUGGUGUCCAUCGGCAUCCAAACAGACCAAAUCUGCCUUCUCCAUCUGUGGAAUGGCCAUAUCAAAUUGGGUGACGUUAUCAUUGGAGUCAUCCAAAAUGGUGCAGUUUGCAACGUUGCGUUUGCCAUCUUGAUUCAAAAUGGUGCUCAAUAGUAUCCAAACAUAGAUGAAAACUGCCCCCUCCACCUCAGGAAGCACAAUGCCAUGUUCUCUGUGUUCGGUUUAAAUGAAAUAGGAAUACUCUGUAGUCCUAUCUAGCAAAGUAUAUAUGCAACAGCGGAAUUGAGAAUAACCAGUCCCACCUUCCUCUCUCAUGCACAUUGCUUAAACCCAACACUGUGAUGAUACUUCAAGAGGCGUCUGAGACAGUAGAUAUUUGAAAGCUACUCUGGAAGCUUUUUUUCCCCCCUGGAAGAGCAGGACAAAAAUGCUUUAAGCAAAUAGAUAUCUCCGUUUCUGAGAACCUGUUUUGUCUUCUGGAAAGAUCCAAAGAAUCUCUAAAGAUCUAGUCCUCUUAUGAAGGAAACAGACUUUGCUGAUACGGACUGUUUGUAUGGGCCUUGCUUUUAUAUCCUGCUUUGUAUUAUAUGAACAGGUAAACUACUGCUUGUCUGGUUUUUUAGGGAUCAUAGGGUUAAUUAGCUACACCUGCCCCACCCAGGGGCUCUGAUGAGAAGGUGGUGGGCUUCACUGAAGACAAGGAAUUUAGUUAGUACACCUGUAAUUUGCAGGGGUGGGUAGCCAGAGGCUACAUAUAGCAGUAGCUUUUUUUUUUUUAUUAAUAAUUUUUAUUCAAAUUUUCAGAAGACAAACAAAACAAAACCAAACAACAAAAACAUAAUAAUACAAUAAAAAAAUCUUCUUGACUUCCGAUUUGUCGCAGAUUGUGAUGUUCCUAUAUAUUAGUGUAUAUAUGGUAAGUGCUGGUUGUUUAGAGUAUACAUGGUAAGUAGUGAAAGAGGAGGGGGAGUGAAUAGGCAAUAGAAUGCUUGAUGAUUGGCUGAAUGUUUAAAAUGGCUGACAGUAUAAAUGAAAGGAUGACAGGUAAAUCUGGGUGAAUGUGAGGUGGUGAAUUGUGGAAUCU